AUGUUUAAUUAUGGAGAACAACAUAUUCUUUUGUUAAGAAAUUCUCAUGUUCAUUUGCACGGCUUGUUACAACUUCAAGAGGAGGUUCGGGUUGCCAUAAUUUGUGUCAGAGGGAAUUGCCAGGUAGCAGCUGAAUUGGAAGAAAAAUUAAUGGCAGCAGCUGCCACAUUAAAACAAUUAUUGCCUUCCAGUCUCCUCAGAAGUUGUAAUAGGGGCAAUGUCGAAAAACUUAUCAAAUGUAUAAUUAACGUUUGCCAUUUAGUCAUGGCUUCUCUAAAAAACGGACAUUUACAAAAGACUGUCAAAGUUGCGUUCAAGGAUAGCUCAAACCCAGACGGCUUGUCAAUGCAUCAAAACAUAAUAUUUGAUCAUUUCCUAACUAACUGGAUGGCAUGGGAUGAGAAACAACUUUUGUAUUUUAUUUCAGUAUCUUAUUAUUUGACAAACCUGGAUAGGGUAAAUUUACAGCAAAAUAAAGGAUUUUACCGUCGCAAAAAUGGAACGAGGCAGGUUAAUGAUCAACUCAGUACAAUAGCCAGACAUCGCAUUAAGAGGACUGUCCAUCUGAUGAUAACUCUAAAUGGGGCAAAGUCAUUUCUUAAGACAGAACAAAGUCAAUCCCCAAGAGAAAAAAAUUAUUUAUGCACCGAUGGUGAAGGUAGAGGUGGUAGUGGUAUGCAUGGGCAAGCACAGUGUGGAAAAAUUAGCAAUUUACGUAGACGAGGCUCCUGUCCUCUUCUGUGUCAGUUCCGCCUAUUCUGUUGGUGUUACUGCGCUGAGUGGGUCUUUCUUCCUAAUUCCCAAUUUUCGUUAAAAGGCCUUUUAAAUAUCGGAAUUUCCCGUUUCUUCUGUAAAAAUAGUUAUUAUUUUUUCACCAUUCUUAUAACAACAAGAAGAAAAGAAGAAGAAUUAAACAUGGCUAAUACAGUGGUUUAG